AUGCUUUCGAAAAACGAGCUUGAUUCAAUACAGAACUUGAAGGAAAUUUCUGAAAAUCAUGAGUAUUUUGGAUUCAUUAGAAAAGAAGAAGAGAUCUUGUGCAAUGUAUCGGAAAGCAUGAAGACGUUUAGAAGAGAGAAAAGGCUUGUAACAAAUAUAGAGGAUAUUAAAAGGAAACAAAAUGAACGAUCGAAAAUAAGAAUCAGAACGAACGUCGAGACAUCUACUAACAUUUGUAAAGUAAACCAUAAAAGUGAAGAGCAGACCUCAAAACAUUAUAUAUAUAGACCUGUUGACAAUAUUCCGAUCCUCCCUCCGAUGGAGAGCUGCAAACGGAUGAAAAUCCAUGGAAUCCCACUUUCUGACAUAAAAUGUAAGUGCGUUCAAGUUUCUAGGGGAAAAGAAGAAAAAUCAACAAGCAUCCAUUUAUGAGAAAGAUGCAAAUCCCCCACUUGCAUCAGGCUUAAAAGGAAUAGUGAAAGCAAACAUUCACAAUUCCUCCCCAGGCUUCCUAUGAAUUUGUCAAUUUUUUCGAAUUUGAUGCUGAACUCUAAAUUUAAGAAAAGUAUCAACACCUUGGAAGACUCUCUUACAAACGUUAUAUCUCCAGUAAGGUCAAUGAGUCCAGAAGUAAAAAGAGAAUCCACUGCAAGUGUGCACAAAUAUAAAAAAAUGAGAACAAGAUUUUUUGAUGAAAGCUCUAAAGGAAGGAGAAAAGAAAUUAAGGAUGCAUUGAGCAAAAGCUCGGAAAAUAAGUCUUUUGCAGAUUACGUGAAAAGCAAGAUUUGUAUAAAUGAUCAAGCUAAUAAAAGUUCGCUUAAAUAA